AUGAAUCGAUUGAUUUAUCAUAAUUUAAACAAAUCUGUACUUACUCACGCCAACAGUUAUCGGUAUCACCAUUUCAUACGCGCAUCAUCAAGUUUAUCAUCAUUCAAUAAGAUCACUAACUCUAGCUCUAAUAAUAAUGGUGGUGGUGGUGGUGAAUGGAAGAAGUUGAUAUUCACAGAUCUACAUGUCUCUACAAAGACAUUGGACAGAUGUCUAACCGUUUUAAGAAACGUUAGAGAGUGUUCCAAGGAGAGGUCUAUUAGCGAUGUGGUGUUCCUCGGUGAUUUCUGGCAUCAUCGUAAUAUCCUACAGGUUCGUCACAUCGAUAAAUUGCUAUUUGAAUUCGAGCAGUGGCAAAAACAACGAAUCAACGCUAUUUUCAUUCCUGGAAAUCACGAUCAAGUCAGUGUCGAUGGUUCGGUUCACGGCAUCCAAUUCCUCGGUCUCUUUGACAAUAUCACACUGGCGACAGAUCCCAUCAUCGAUCAUCACAACAGAAUUGCAUAUCUACCUUGGCGAGAACAAAAAGAACAACAAUCUAAACUAUUUUCAGAUCUCUACAAUGAUAACAUUGAAAGUGGAACUACUUCUACUGCUACUUCUACUUCUACUUUGCCAUGGACUGUAUUUGCACAUGCUGAAAUAAAAGGUGCUAUCUCAAACAAUAGCUAUAGAUCUACGGGUAAAGUAACAGAUAUGAAAGGAAUGUCAAAGUUGCGUGCUUGCUAUCUUGGACACUAUCAUCAACGACAACAACUUGGAGUGAACACUUGGUAUAUCGGUAGUCCGUAUCAACAGAACUUUGGGGAGAUGAAUCAUCCACAUGGAAUUGCAAUUGUAUCGAGUGGCGAUCGUAUUGAACCAGAGUUUAUUGAACUCGGUGAACUACCGAAACAUCAUAAACUCUACUAUCCAGUUGACUUUAUCGGUAAUAAAGUAAAGGAGAACGAUAUAGUUGAAGUCAAAGCAACAAAAGAUCAAAUGAAACAACAACAUUUCAUUGAUUCUAUCAAUAGCUUACCGAUACUAUCAGAGUUGAGAAGAGUAAUGGUAUCGAAUGACAAUGUUAACAACAACAACAACAACAGUAGUAGUGAAAUAACAACAAUCAAGAAAAAGUCGAUAAAAUCAAUGUCCAGUUAUAAAUUUGAAGAUUUCCUCGUGGAGUAUGUCGAGAAGAUGAUACCUGAAGACGGUGCAAAGAAAGAACAUUACAUCAAUGUCGGAAAAGAUAUAUUGUCACAUAUCAAGGAUCAUGUUAUCACACCGAUUGGAAGAAAUGUCAAGAUCACCAAAAUGGAACUCUCAAAUUUUAGUGGUGUCAAAGGUGAUUUCUCUGUUGAUUUCAAUCCCGGAAUGUUUAUGAUCAGAGGAAAGAUGGGUGUUGGCAAGAGUAGCAUCUUUGAGGCCUUGGUUUGGUCAUUGUAUGGAUCGACGUCACCGAGAAAGUCAAAUGCAACAUCCUCUCUGAAAGGCGAUGAGGUGAUCAACGACAGUGCAAAACAGACGCUGGUAAAAGUACAGUUGGAAGUCGACGGUCGUCCAAUCACCAUAACUCGGUCGAAGAAGAGGAAUCAUGGUUCGAAGAUCGUAAUCGAUGGACUUGGCCAGGAGUAUCGUCAGGGUGUCACAGCUGACGACCAACAAGCUACCAUUCACAACAUUGUGGGAUUGGACUACGAUUUGUUUAGAAUGUGUGUUUACCUUGGUCAAGGUUCGAUUGCCAACUUUGCUACCGAUACUGACAAACGGCGAAAGGAACUAUUGAUUCGAGCAUUCUCACUUGGAAUCUGUAUUCCUGCAUCUAAACUUGCGAAAGAACAACGAAAGAAACAAGAGCAGAAGGUUGACGAUCUAAUAAGACAGAAGGAUCGACUGGCAGCUUCUCUUUCCACUUGGAACUCAAUUGACUACCAAGAGGAAUUGGCGAAUUUCAACAAAAAGAGAAUGGAGAAAAUCGAAUAUCUAGAGGAUACUAUCACUCAAAAGAAGAAUACAUUGUCAAGUCUUGUUGCUGAAAAUGAUAAUAGCAACAACAAUAUCGAUGAAGCGAAACAACUAUCUUUGGAAGAUGAGAGAAUUGACUUGCAGAAUGAAUUGAAACAUUUGGAGUAUGACGCAAGACAGUACUUGGAAUCAUAUCAAAUCAGUUUGGUAUCGAUCAAUACAAAGUUCAAUAGAUGUCAAUUCUCAAUCGAUAAGAAUAGAGAUGAGAUACGUUCAUUGGAGAGUCGAUUGAAGAAACUGACCAAGUCGACAUCGACACCGGUGUCGUCUCAUUCACACAAACAGUCAGCUGACAAUCCUAUGACCUGUAGUGAAUGUGGACAAUCAAUUGACCAAACCAUUCAGGACAAUCAAAUCGAGCAAUGUAAAUCAAAUAUAAAUAGUCUGCAGAGUGAUGUUGAACAAUUGGAACUUGAACUAGCGACAAUAGACAAAGAGAAACAACUGCUUCAAACACAGCGAUUAGAUUACAAUAGAAAUCAGAAUCAAGAGAAAGCUACUGUUGAAAGACAACUGAGAGAGAUAGAAACAAAGCUAAACAACACAACAACUAUAAAGAUUGAAUACUUGAGGAAGGAAAUCAAGGAGCUAGAGUAUCAGCUGUCACAGAUGGUUAACGAUCAUUCAACCAAUCCGUUCAUCUCACAACAAAGAAUCAGAGAAACCAAUAUCGAAAAGUUGGAAUCUGAAAUCGCGACAAUUGGUAACAAGCUGACCGGUGUUGAACAACCACAUUUAGAUACGCUCAAGUUUUGGGAAGCUGGUUUUGGUACCAAUGGACUUUCAACGAUUGCUCUCAACCACGUAAUUGCAGAGAUUGAAGACUACGCCAAUGAAUACAUCUCUAUCAUGUCGGGCGGUAAGCUGUUUGUAACACUCUCGCUAUCGUCCUCUACCGACGAUGAUCUAACUAUUGAUGUUUUCGAGUUGAACGCCGCUACCAAUCAACUUCAGAAACGAUCUUUCUACCAGUUGUCGGGUGGUCAGCGACGUUGUGUUGAGCUGGCAUUCAGUCCGUUUGCACUCUCACAGGUGAUCUUCAAUCAGGUUGGCUCCACAGUUUCACUGAUGAUCAUCGAUGAACUGACGAACCAUUUGGAUCAGCAAGUGAAACCAAUCAUUUGUGACCUUUUAAGGCAAUUGCUGAAAGAACGUGAAACCGUGGUUGUGGUGGAUCACGACCAAUCUGUCCAGAGUGAAUUCGACACUGUUUUUAGUCUCGAGCAAGAUCCUCAAUCCCAACAACAUAAACUUUUAGAAAUUUAA